AUGUACACUGUGCAUCUUGAAGCGCUUCUCGAGAUGGCAGAGAUUUUGCCACAUGAGGUGCUUUUGGCCGACGGGGUUCUGACGCUGUUUGACCGGUCCAAAGGCCAGGCCAUGUUCGUUUCUCACCAGUGGACCGGUGUGGGACAUCCUGACCCAACCCUCCAACAGCUGCGAGUUCUCCAAGAUGCCCUCUCGAACAGCCUGAUACUCUUCGGCUUGCGCAGUUAUCCUUUGGCCGAGGCUUUAAGGUCGAAGCCCGUCUUCGUGUGGUACGACUACUUCAGCUGUCCACAGCAGCGCAAAAAAGCACCCGACCCGGAGGGGAGCCUCCAGCAUGCUAUCGACAGCAUCCCUGCCUACGUGUCCAAAUGCAGCUUGUUUGUGGCCUUGUGCCCUGCUGUGGAAAGCUCUGAUCAGUCUCGGAUCUACAAUCGCUCUACAUGGUUAGAUCGUGGGUGGUGUAGGUUAGAGUGGACCAUGUGGAAUCUCAGCUCCGUGCGCGAGCCGGUGAUCUUCGUGACGGGAGCUCGCCACUUGGAGGUGAGCAAAACCCCGCAGCUGCAUUCCGUGGGGGAAGCUGCUUUCAGCCUGGAGGAAGAUCGCCAUAAAGUGUCAAAGGUCCUCGCAGUUGAGUUCAAGAAGAGCUUGGUAAAGUGCCUUGAGAGAGGGGAGCUGGCAAAGUAUCGCUUCCUCCUUGGUUGGCAGAAGCUGGGCUCUGGAGUCUUGAAGCUGCUUAUUUCAGAACGUGCUGAUGUGGAUGGCCGCGAUUCCAUAGGAGUCACGGCGCUUCUUGCGGCUGCUUAUUCAAAGGAUGCCACUGCCGUACGAAUACUUUGCCAGGCGAGAGCCGACCCGAAUGUCAAGAACGACUUUACUGACACCGCCUGGCACACGGCCUGCGAGGCAGGCUCCCUGCCGGAACUGCGUGCCCAGUCGAACGGCCUGACUCUGAAUCUCGAGCGGUGCCUGCACACGUUAUCUCUGGGACCGGGCACGGCGGAGGCUGUUCACUGGCUGGUGGAUGCACGAGCCGAUGUGAACGAGCGCAUGCGGCCCGGAACCUUCUUUAUCUCCUUUGUCUUCGCUGCCAAGAGCUUGGAGUACAGAUUCAAAGGCUCGAGGUCACAGUUCUGCUCAAUUGCAUAUCAUCACUCCGGCGCCACGCCGCUGAUGUUUGCCAUCCUGGCCGGGAACUUCGAGGUCGCAGCUGCGCUGUCAGUUCGCGGAGCCGAUGCGCGCAUCAAGAAUUUCAGAGGGAAGUCGGCCGAGGAUCUUGCAGCAGAAGUGUCCGCCCCAAGUUACCUCGUGGAGCUACUCGAGCGCUUUGAUGUCUGCCGCUUCACCUCUGAGAGUCGAAUCAUCGGUGCAAAGCGGACAUCCACUGUGUCCUUAAGAUCAGAGGACUACUUCGAGAUUUGA